AUGAACGAAUCAUAUAACGUGAACAUUGAAGAUACAGAAAUCUCGAUAAGUUCCAAAGAGGUUUGGGGUGCACUACGUGCCCUUGAAACUGUACUUCAGAUGGUGUACAAGGAUGAAUUUGAAGGAAAUAUGAUAUUUAAGGGUUCUGUGGAAGAUGAACCAUUAUUCUCACAUCGUGGAAUGCUCUUAGAUACCGGAAGGAACUUCUUGCCAGUUGAAACCCUACGAAAGACAAUAGAUAUCAUGGCUAUGGUUAAAAUGAAUGUCUUUCAUUGGCACAUCACAGAUGACGAAUCUUUUCCCUUUGUCUCAACCACCUAUCCAGAACUGUCAGACAAGGGUGCAUAUCAUCCACAAAAGUGUACAUAUGAUGAAAUAGAGGUGUCUGAUUUGUUGGAAUACGCUCGUCUCCGUGGAGUCCGGAUCAUUCCAGAAUUUGAUACUCCAGCGCAUACAUUGUCCUGGGGAAAAGCAUAUCCAGACUUACUAGCAAAAUGCUAUCAUGACUCUAAGCCGACUGGACGAUUUGGUCCAAUGAAUCCAGCCAAUGAUUCUACAUUCGAGUUUUUGAAGAAUCUGUUUACAGAAGUCACCAGCCAAUUUUAUGAUAAUUAUAUUCAUCUUGGAGGCAAUGAGAUCAAUAUUGCCUGUUGGUUUGGGAAUCCAGAAAUAAUUGAAUUCAUGCAAAAAAUGGAAAUCCCUCACAAAUGGACCCAAUUGGUUGACUAUUAUGUGUCGAAAAUUGUCGAAACUGUCAAAAGUGUUACUGACCGAAAUCCUCCGAUUAUACCUAUUUUAUGUCAAGAUGUUUUAGAAUACGGAUAUCAGCGUGAAGAAAACACAGUCAUUCAUGUUUGGAAAACCAAAACCUGGAAAGGAUAUACUAGAAAGGCUACUGGGAAAAGAUUCAACGUCAUAGUUUCUGGUGAUUGGGAUUUAAGUGAUUUACAUAACGAAUAUGAUUGGAUAAAAUACUACGAACAAGAUAUCAGAGAAUUUGGAGGCUCAGACGAGGAGGCAUCAUUAGUCAUUGGUGGUGAAGCUACACUGUGGGGUACACAUGUGGAUGAGACCAAUGUGAUCACUCUAGCAUGGCCCAGAGGUGCUGCUGUAGCUGAGAGAUUAUGGUCACAAACACCUGAUACGAAUGAAGAAUUCUCACAACGAAUCGGUGAACUUCGAUGCAGAAUGCUCUAUAACAACAUAGAAGCUCAUCCAGUCAAUGGUCCAGGUUUCUGCCUAACUAAAUUUUCGAGAACAUGA